AUGCUCAACUUACACUUAGAAGAACAGACCAAGAGGAUCUGCUUGCAGCUGGAGUCGCUGGAGAAAGUUCAGAUGAGGUGUGAUGAAGCAGAAGGUGAAGUCUGCCCACACCUACGAGAUCUGAAGGAGGAACGUCAAGAACAUGCUCAGCUGAAAGACUCCCAUUCAGAGCUCCUCAAAGCUGUCACCGAGCUCAACCAAGAGAAGGUGAAUUUGAAGGAGGAGCUCGAAACGUUGAGGACAGUAGUCGGUUCCUCAGGCCCUCGGGAAUUUAUUUUGAAAUCUUAUAAGAAGCGCAUGUCCGAAGAUCUGAAAAGUGUGGAGAACAGGUUAUCGGAGGAGCGUAGAGAGACAGAGAGACAACGACAGAGGAACACAGAACUGUUGGAGGAGAUGGAGAUUCUCUUUGAUGAACAUGAAAAGAUCAAACAGGAGAGAGCACGUCUGCAAGAGCAAAUCCAGCAGAUGUGUGAAGAGCUGCAGAAAGCCCACGUCGAGCUGGAGAGCUCCACGAAGACGUUAGCAGAGGAGCAGAGGAGAAACCAACUUCUCACAAGACUGAAGGACAAAUACGAACUCCACAAUGAAGAAGACGAAGACGAGGACGAGAGCGCGACAGGAGAGGAAAAGGAGACGAAGGAGGAGGAAGACGGGACAAACUAGAUGAAACCCCAGUUUAGACCUGGGUGAGAUCAGGUUUAGAUCGGGUUUUCAGACCUGGUUUAAACCUGGUUUAAACCUGGGUUAGACCUGCCGGUAUUACGACAUCCAUCCGGUAUUAUGACAUGUCUCUAUUUACUCUAUUUUUGUUUAGCACUCGUGCCUCACAGCAAGAAGGUUGUGGGUUGGAUCCCCGGGUGACCCGGGUCUUUCUGUGUGGAGUUUGUGUUUCUCCUCGUGUCUGGAU